AUGGCGCAAACUUACAAUCAGAAGAGGAACGUGUACAGCAUCGAUCAGAUAUUGGGACACGGCAAGGACGAAGAUCACGCGACAUCCUCCGACGCGAUCGGCGAUGCAGGAGACACAGAACUCGGCCACUUGAGCGACCAUCAGAUAAACGACGCCCUGCACGAUCCCUUAAAUCUGGGAGAAUCUGACCGGUUGAAUCUGGGAGAGUCAGAUCGGCCACGCAAAGUCAGAAGGUCUCGUACAACCUUUACAACCUAUCAGCUGCACGAGCUGGAGAAAGCAUUUGGGAACACGCAGUAUCCAGAUGUGUACACCAGGGAAGAGCUCGCGAUGCGGCUGGACCUAUCCGAGGCUAGGGUGCAGGUCUGGUUUCAAAAUCGACGCGCGAAAUGGCGCAAGAAGGAGAAGGUCCUCGGCAGAGACACCAGUUUCAUGCACGUGGAACAGAGCGGUGUCAACGAGCUGUCCCUUCACGCCCGCUUGCUUCAAACCGCCGGUGGUGUGCCAGGUGCGGAUCCAUCGGGAGGACCAGCGGGUGCCUUUUCCUGGUUCAUCCCGCCGGUGUUCCCACCGCCAUGGCCGGCCAGCGCGCCCAAACUGCCCCCGUUGCACGCGAUCCUCUCUCAGUACAUCGGGCUACCCCUUCCGCAGAACCUGGCGUCUCUGAGCUCGGUACUUCCGGUCGGUCUGAACCCGGCCUCCUCGCUCAACCACAACAACGUGAACGGACAUUCGCUUGGUACACACAUACCGGGCCAUCCGUUGAAUCUUGGUGUGCAGAAUCUACCGCAGAACCUGAGUUCGAAGCACGACAAAGAGGAGGACUCAGGUUCGUCCGACGACGAGAUCAGGAGGCAGAGCGCCGAGGUGCUCAGAGUGAAGGCUGAAGAGGUUCUACGCAAGGUGGAUAAUUAA